CAGAAAGACUUGCACCGACCACCGUGCAGUAAAAUCGGUUUACAGGACGGGUUAGUGACAGUCAAAGCAACAACAAUGCAUACUUUUGUCUUCAUCCAGUCGUGUCAGGAUGCGGCUUUUCCCCCUCCUGCUCAUACUGACCAUUGCAGCGGACAUGUGGGAAGGGGGUGAUGCCAGAUACGGGGAGCAUGGAGAAGCGGCCCCCAGGAGGAGGAGAUGUUACGACGGCAGCUUGCCGAAGCGCCCGAAGAAGCGAGACGACGGCGGCAGGGGUCUGUGUCCAAAGCUGUACCCCCGGCUGUCCUGCUGCCCCUCCAGGAGCUCCGCCUUUCGGAUGCUCCACCGCCGGGAUGCCAUGGUCCUCUCCUCCAAUAGCACGGACUGCACAAAGCUUUUGGAGGAGCUGCAGUGUGCCCGCUGUUCUCCUCACGCCCAGCUGCUGUAUCACACAGCCAGCCCUGGGCGGGCACCACGCGGGCAGCCCCACCUGCCCAUCCUGUGCCAGGAUUACUGCAGACGGCUGUAUUACACCUGCAGGGGACAUAUACCAGAGCUGUUCCAAGCUGACGUGGAUGAGUUUUGCCAGUACUAUGGAACAGAAGGCAACGGCCUGUGCUUUCCGGAUUUCCACAGAAGACGAACACGCGGGCCGUCCUCCAACUACUUAGACCUGACGGAUGACUAUGAACAGAAGGAAGAUUUUAACAGGAAACACAAAGGCAGCUGUUAUUGUGCCCUGGAGGUGGCGGGGGGCCUGCGGCAGCCCGUGGGGGCAGUGCACUGCGGGGACGGCUCCCAGCGGCUCUUCAUCCUCGAGAAGGAAGGUGUCGUCCGCAUCCUCACCCCCAGCAAGGUGCUCAUCAGAAAGCCGUUUCUGAACAUCCACAAGCUGGUGCAGGCGGGCACGAAGGGAGAAGAUGAAAGGGGCCUCCUAAGCCUUGCAUUCCACCCCAAUUACAAGAAAAAUGGAAAGCUGUACGUCUCCUACACCACCAACCAGGAGCGCUGGGCCAUGGGGCCGCACGACCACAUUCUGCGUGUGGUGGAGUACACCGUUAACAGGAAGGACCCCAACCAGGUGGACAUGCGGACACAGCGGGUCCUGAUGGAGGUAGCAGAGCUGCACCGGAAGCAUCUUGGGGGGCAGCUGCACUUUGGGGCUGAUGGCCUGCUGCACAUCUUCCUGGGUGACGGCUUGAUCACACUGGAUGACAUGGAGGAGAUGGACGGCCUGAGUGACUUCACGGGGGCCGUGCUGCGCGUGGAUGUGAACACAGACUCCUGCCGGGACCCCUACGCCAUCCCCAAGGACAACCCCUACUUCAACAGCACCAACCAGCCCCCAGAGAUCUAUGCACACGGGCUGCACAGCCCAGGCAGGUGUGCCGUGGACCAGCACCAUGUGAACAGGAGCCUCCUGAUCAUCUGUACAGACUCCAAGGGCAAAAACUCAAGCACAGGGAGGAUCCUGCAGAUUAACAAGGGGGAAGACUAUGAGCACGUCCCACCACUGUUCCACUUGCCCCCCAGCAGGGCGGCGCCUGUCGGUGGGUUUAUCUACCGAGGCUGCCAGUCAAGGCGACUGUACGGCAGUUACGUCUUUGGCGAUCGUAGCGGGAACCUGCGGAUCCUCCAGAAGGCCUGGAGCGGGACAUGGCGGGAGAAGCCCCUGUGUCUGGGCGGGGAGCACCCCUGCGGCAGGUCCCUGGUGGGGCAGGUCCUGGGCUUUGGAGAAGAUGAGCUAGGUGAGGUGUACAUCUUAACCAGCAGUAAAACUGUGGCUCACUCCCAGAGCGGCAAGCUCUACAAAGUGAUGGACCCAAAGAGGCCGGCGGCCCCCAAAGAGUGCCAGCGGCCAGUGGAAGCCCCUGAGCUGCUGGCGGCCGCCUGUUCCCGGCAGUGCCGCAACGGGGUAUGCACUCCCACAGGACGCUGCUGCUGCCUGGCGGGCUGGGAGGGCCCCUUCUGCAAGGCGGCAAAAUGUGAGCCCACAUGCCAAAACGGAGGCAUCUGCAUAGAGCCCAACACGUGCGUGUGCAGAAGCCGCUACUCAGGGGCUCACUGCGAGAAGGACGAUUAUUGCGUUAUUAACGUCAGGGACGGCAUCGUGGAUCAAAUCAUGGACGUCACCUCCUACCUGCUCCACCUGACCAGCUACAUUGUUUAGGCAGAGACCUCUACUAGGAGAUCUCCGGAGCAAACUUCGACACCCUGGGGCAUUUCCUGUGAUAUCAUUGCUUCCGUUUCUCUGACCGAUGAGCUGGAGGACACAUGUCAUUAACAUUCUUAAUCAGAAGACCUGGGAUGCACUGAUGUACCUUGGCUGCCUUGGAAUCUGGAGAUCCACCUCCAUAACCAGACCUUGAAACCUGGAGAUCCACCUCCAUAACCAGACCUUGGAAUCUGGAGAUCCACCUCCAUAACCAGGCCUUGAAACCUGGAGAUCCACCUCCAUAACCAGACCUUGGAAUCUGGAGAUCCACCUCCAUAACCAGACCUUGGAAUCUGGAGAUCCACCUCCAUAACCAGGCCUUGGAAUCUGGAGAUCCACCUCCAUAGCCAGACCUUGAAAUCUGGAGAUCCACCUCCAUAGCCAGACCUUGAAAUCUGGAAAUCCACCUCCAUAACCAGACCUUGGAAUCUGGAGAUCCACCUCUAUAACCAGGCCUUGGAAUCUGGAGAUCCACCUCCAUAGCCAGACCUUGAAAUCUGGAGAUCCACCUCCAUAACCAGACCUUGGAAUAUGGAGAUCCACCUCUAUAACCAGACCUUGGAAUCUGGAAAUCCACCUUCAUAACCAGAUCUUGGCAUCUGGAGAUCCACCUUGGUUCUUGUAGGACUGAAGCUCCUCCUGGAAUUGACACACCAUUGCUGUUGCUGCUAUGGUGUUUUAACUCUGAUAGAUAGUGUCUUCGUGAGGAGAACACCUGACCUGAUGUAAUUAACAUCCAAAACUCGCAGAGAUCAUCACUGUAAACAAAAGCCUGCAUAUCUCAAAUGAGUCACAGUUGCACCAAAAGUUCAUUACAGCUGAGAGGAGUAAACUUUUGAACAUUCAGCUUGCAGAACCACAGUGCUGAGUGUCUGGCACAGCCCUGGGAACAAAGGGCGCCUUCUGGUUUGCUGUCUGUCGGACAAAGUUCAGUGGUGGUCACAGGACACAUGGGUCAUACAUGGGACACUCCCACACAGAACAAAAAUCUCCUUGAAAAACACAAACAAAACAAAGACAGAAGAUGUGUUUUGGAUUAACUCUGAGAGUAAAAGGAACCGGAUGGUGACUGUAAUGGCUGGAAAGCCAGAAAUCCACUUGUUUGUUUUGAAUUCUUCUCUGUUAUUCAUUUCCAAGCAAUAUCCUCUAUCACGUCCUGUGGGUUUUAAAAAUAGCCUCUACAUUUACAGAGAAAUGCCUUUAAUAAAGAAAGCAGCAAAAAAAAAUGUCAUUUUGUAAUGAGAUCAAUCUGAGAUUUCUGUGUAGUGGGAUUUCUGAGGUUUACAGCUAACAAAAAUGAACAAUGUGUAUUUACUUUGUCUAAGCUGGUGCACCUUGCAGAUAAACACAAGAUGUGUGUGACAGACGUAGCAGAUAUCAUAUGUCAGACUGUUUGGCUGGUGAGGCUUUAUGUACUGUGACAUGGUGUUAAACAGAAGAAAUAUUUAUGCUAUAUUCUAUUACGGUGAAAAUACAAAUUCAGCUGUUACAGUUUACUGCAGUUCUAAAUAGCAGGUAUGUUGCAUAAAAUUUACCAGAUGCCUGAGUAACAUUUUACCAAAUUAAAAUGUCUUUAUUCA